AUGGAUGACCAAGGAAGGAAAGUCAUUGUCUGUGACAAUGGCACUGGUUUCGUCAAAUGUGGAUAUGCAGGCAGCAACUUUCCUGCGUUUAUUUUCCCGUCGAUGGUGGGCAGGCCGAUCAUCAGAGCAGAAAACAAAAUCGGUGAAAUCGAUGUCAAGGACUUAAUGGUUGGUGAUGAGGCAUCUCAGCUCAGGUCAAUGUUGGAAGUCAGCUAUCCUAUGGAAAAUGGGGUGGUACGCAAUUGGGAAGAUAUGUGUCAUGUAUGGGACUACACAUUUGGACCUAGUAAAAUGAAUGUUGAUCCAAAGGAAACUAAGAUUUUGCUCACUGAACCACCCAUGAACCCCACUAAGAAUAGGGAGAAAAUGAUUGAGGUGAUGUUUGAGAAAUAUGGAUUUGACAGUGCGUACAUAGCAAUUCAAGCUGUACUGACAUUGUAUGCGCAGGGAUUGAUCUCUGGGGUUGUAGUUGACUCAGGUGAUGGUGUGACUCACAUUUGUCCGGUGUAUGAAGAGUUUGCUCUUCCUCACCUCACUCGUCGAUUAGAUAUCGCUGGUAGAGAUAUCACCAGAUACCUUAUUAAGUUACUCCUGCUCCGUGGCUAUGCGUUCAACCACUCAGCUGACUUUGAAACCGUCCGGAUGAUGAAGGAGAAGCUCUGUUACAUCGGAUACAACGUGGAACAGGAGCAAAGGCUGGCCUGGGAGACCACUGUGCUCGUGGAACCUUAUGUGCUUCCUGAUGGGAGAGUGAUCAAAGUCGGUGGUGAGAGGUUCGAGGCCCCGGAAGCAUUGUUUCAGCCUCAUCUGAUUAAUGUGGAGGGGCAGGGCAUUGCUGAACUGGUUUUUAAUACCAUACAGGCCGCCGACAUAGAUAUGAGGAACGAGUUAUACAAGCACAUAGUGUUAUCCGGGGGCUCCACGAUGUACCCAGGGCUGCCUUCCCGGCUCGAGAGGGAAAUCAAGCAGCUCUAUCUCGAACGAGUGCUGAAAAAUGACUGCGACAAAUUGGCCAAAUUCAAGAUACGCAUAGAAGAUCCUCCGCGACGCAAAGACAUGGUGUUCAUAGGUGGCGCUGUGUUGGCUGAAGUCUGUAAGAACAGGGAUAACUUCUGGCUCACAAACCAGGAAUAUAAGGAACAGGGUUUGUCGUGUCUGCGAAAGCUGGGCCCACGAGCGAGUUAA